ACUGACCCGGGCUAUCUGGUGACUGCGCUACGUUAUGUAGAACAAAUGGACUCUGACAGAAUUCUUCGGUAAAACGGCAUCAGUCUUGCUUCAUAUGCGUACAUGGGACUAAACGGUGACCAUCCUACCUAUCAAUACAAAUAAAUGCUAAAGUUAGACGAUCAUAUGUCUCAUGAGUUAAAAGACACAUUUCAAGAUGUAUCUGCAUCUAGUAUUGAAAACCGAAACUCGACCAGUCAUUCUCGCCAAAAUCUUGCUGGUGGAUCCGGAGUUUUUGCAAAUUUCUUCGAAGAAAUGGCCGAACCACUUUCUUACCAAUCCUCAAAUCUCAUUGAUGAAAGGCAGAGUACUAUAUCUACAGAGGACUGUAAAAUCCAAACACAGAGUAACGAGGUGAAGGAGGGCAGUUCUCCUAUGCUGCGUGAUGAGAUUAGUCCUAUGGAAGCUUUCUACGGUGAUAAUGCAGAUGAUGACCUGAAAAUUCUUGAACGAUAUCGUUUGCUCGUUAAUUCUUAUUCUGAUUCUAAACCAUGCCAAGAUGAUGGAUCUCAGCUGAGGCAGUUAUCUCAUGAUGAUACACUAAAACGUGGUGGACUACCACAUGGCGUAACAGAAUACAAUCCAACUGAUUUAAGUAGCCCGUUGUGUAUGUCAUACAUACAUAGAAGUAAACCACCUAAAGUAUUAGCCAAUCGUUUUCUGCUUGGUUCUACAAUUGGGCGAGGAAGUUAUGGAAAGGUAAAAGAUUCUAUUGAUCUGUUUACACUUCGACGUCAUGCUGUAAAAAUUAUUAGUAAACUAGGUGUACGAAAAAUUCCCGGUGGUUGGAGUCAAGCAUUACAUGAAGCUAGUUUAAUGCGAAGAUUAUCUGCUUGUCGACAUGUGGUUUCAUUAGUUGUUGUAUUACGACUAGAAAAUCCAGAUAGAUUAUGUUUAGUUAUGGAGCAUUGUCUUGGAUCAGUACAUGAUUUACAAGCUUCCGGUGUACCAUCUCAUACAGCUUUAAGUUCAGAAAAUGAAUUUGAAUUAGAUGAAUUCAAUGCUAAAUCAUCCUCUCCACGAUUAUCAUAUUUUAAACAUCAACAUGGACAAUCAUCAGAUGUUGUAUUAAAUGAAAACAUUUCAAAAGAUAAAAGAAAAAAUGUUGAUUCUUCUGAAAAGUUGAAUAAAUCUCGUCGAUUUCAUCCUAGAUUAUCAAUGGGAUCUACACAGAUCAAUCAAGAAACAGAUACAAAAUUUAAUAAAUCAAAAAGUCGUAAAACAUCAUCCAUAGAACAACCAACAAAAAAACGUACAUCCUCUCAACAACAACAACAAUUUCGUCGACUUCCUGAAGCACAAGCGCAUGCCUACUUUUUACAGUUAAUAGACGGUUUACAUUUUCUUCAUCGUAACGGUGUUAUACAUCGCGAUAUUAAACCAGCUAAUUUAUUAUUAACACCUGCACCAGGCUGUGGUUUAAGUGGUUUUGGCAGUCCAAAUGGUACCAUGGAUUUACCAGAUCAUAAUUGGUUAUGCAGUACGGGUAGUCAAUCAGCGUUUUGUCAACGUUCAUUGGCUAAUUUAUUGGCAUUAUCACGUGGUUGGCUGGUGAAGUUAACUGAUUUCGGCGUAUCGGCAUCAAUUUCAGCAUUUAGUACAAAUGAUAUGGUUAGUGGUGGUCAAACUACACCAGCUGUACAACCUCCAGAAGUAGCCAAAGGUGUACAAUCAAUAUUUGAUGGUACUAAGUUAGAUGUAUACAGUGCUGGUGUAACACUUUAUUUCAUGCUUACUGGUCAUGUACCAUUUUCAUGUCAAAAUGUACUACAAAUAUUUGAAGCAAUUGUUAAAGGAGAUUAUACAAUACCAGGAUAUGUAUCAACCAAUGCAUCAGAUUUGAUUCGGAAAAUGAUGCAGAAAGAUCCUAAAAAACGUUUAACUUUAUUGCAAAUUCGUCAACAAACUUGGUAUAUACAAGAUCCACCAACACCAAUGUCUGUGGAAAAAAUUAAAAUUAAAUUACGCAAUGAAUUAUCACAUAAUCAACAAUUAUCAAAUAAUGAAUCGCCAACACAUACAUUAAUUCAUUAUCAUAAACGACAACAACAACAACAACAACAACGUGGUAUAAUCUGUUGGCUUGAUCCAUUAAUUUAUCUACGUCGAUGUCAUUCUGAAUAUCCUCUACCACAUAUUGAUGAUACUGGAGCUAGAAUAUUUGAUAUAGAUGAAAUUUUCAAUAAUUCACCAAAUCAAACAUUUACUAGUAGUAAUGAGAAUGAUAUACAAACAUCUUUAUCAAAUAUGAUUAUCAGUGAUAAGGAUGAACACUUUUUUAAUAAUCAUGAUGGUAUUGCACCGAUCUCAGUGAUUGAUCGUUUAAAGGUAUUUCAUGAUUUGGAUGACUAUGAAGAGUAUAGUAGACCAGAAGAUAUGUCUAGUUUUUACUAUUCACCUGAAGCAUGUUUACAAUAUUCCAAUGUUGAAAAACAGCUGGCCAACUUAGGUAUUGGUUCACGAAUGGAACCUGGUUCGACAAUCACAAAUUAUCCAUAUGUAUAUAAUAAUCUUUCAAUGAAUUAUUUACACUCUACUAGCCCUAUUCACUUAACAGAAGAAACUAGUCGUCGAUCUGGAAAUAUUUGUCAUCCGAUUGACAACGUUCCAGAUAAUGUUGAUAAUAAUAACAAUAAUGGUCAGUCACACUAUUACUUUUUACCAUCAGAUCAACAACAAUUAACUACUCAUCAAUCUAAACGAGAAAAAUCUUUAAAAAGUAAUAUGACACCACAACCAUAUUGGUGUCUAGAUCUUGGUGUUCCAGUGUAUGAAGCUAUACAACCUAUCAAUAAUAUGAAUGAUGUAUCGGAACCUCCAGCUUCUCCAGCGGAUUUACCAAUUUCUAUUCCUACUACUUACAGACUACCUAAAUUUGCAAUAAAUCCCAAUGUAACAAAUCGAACUGGUAGUCUACCAGGUCCUAUAGCAUUCAUUUCAUCCGAUUUAAAUGUACCUCGACAAAUGCAGAACAGUGUCAAUAUAAAUAAUAAUAAUAACAAUAGUAAUGAUACAUUAAAUCAAAAAACUUGGCAUUAUGGUUUACGACCUAUUAAUAGUAUACCAAAAGAUUUUCUUAAUUUCACUUGUUCAAAACAACAACAACAACCACAUCAAAAAUCUACCAAUAUCAUUGCUAUUGAUCCUGAUCAAUUAUCUAAUCAUUUGAAUAUAGAUUUUGAUCGAACUCAUAUAAAUUCAACAUUGAAUAGACAAGAACAAUUUAUGAAAAGAGAUUAUCAUUCAACUAAUACUAAUCAUUUGAAUAGAUUCAAUCAAUGGUUUUUCAAUCCAUUCAAUUCAUUUCGUAAUCGAAUAAAAAGUAUACGAUUUAAAAAAGAUGCUUCAAAUAAUUGUCAAACUACUACUACUACUACUACUACUACUACUACUACUACUACUACUACUACUACUACUACUACUACUAAUAAUAAUAAUAAUAAUAAUAAUAAUAAUAAUAAUAAUAAUAAUAAUAGUUAUUCACCAGUUGUUUCAACGACCAAUUCUACUUCUUCAUCUUCUAAUACUAUUUAUUAUAGAAAUGUGAAUAGUGCUACAGAAUUAACUUCAACUAUUGAAAUCACAUCAUCAUCAUUACCUAAAAUUCAAAUAGAUGAUAUUUCUAUUCAAUCUACUGGAACUUUACCAAGAACACGUAAUCGAUUAAAACCUUGUUCACGUAUAUUUUCACGAAAGAAAGUUACAGGAAGAAAAUAAUAAUUAUUAUUCCCGUUGACAUUGUUGUUGUUAUCAUCGUCUGUCUGUGUAUGUAUUCAUGCAUGGAAUGUAUGUAUGUAUUUUUUUUACAUGUAUAUCAAUUUCUUCAUAUACAGAGUUGGGUAGAAGCGAUACAAGAUCUCGUUUUUCACACACACACACACACAGUAUAUAUAUCCUAUUUGUUAUUAGUGUUGUUGAUGUCGUCGGUUUAUCGAUUUCCUGUUCACAUGAGUUUUCUUUGAUUCUUCUCCCCUAUCUCCAAUACCAAUCAUGAUGAUGAUGAUGACUUGAUUACACGUUUUUUUUUAUUUUAUAGUACAUAUGCAACUCAAUAAUGCUAUUUAUUUGAUCAUUUUUUGUAAAAUCUAUUUUGUACAAUUUAUUCACCAACUGGCUCUCUAUUAUUAUGUUUUAUUAUACGGAAUAAAAAAUGAUGACAAUGUUUAAUGUCCCAAUAGCUAGCUUUAUGUCUGUUUGUUUGGUGAGUUUUUUUAUUCACUGCGUUUGCUCACUGGUGUGUCCAAUAAUUUUUGUGUGCUAGAGGUUGUUUCUCUUUAUCACCAUCUCGUUUAUUUCAUUUUCAUGCUCUUCUUCAUUGUAUUCCUCUUUUCCUCACUCACUCUCUCUCUUAGGUUCUCUUUGCAAAAUUUCAGUUACCGUUGUCGGUAUAGAAUUAUGUUUCUGUUUUUCCCCCUUACAUCUUCACACAAAACUUGUCUCAUUUGUAAAUAGUAUGUAAAUUUUAACUGCACACACACACACACACACACAUAAAGAUGAUAGUCGUGUAUUUAUGCCGAGCAUUUUUUUCUAAAAUCAAAACUUCUCAAAUUAUCUCUAAUGCUUUUACAAUUUCUCUCGAUUUCUGCUUCCGUUUUAUCCUUAAUCAUCAAUUGUCUUAUAGAACUGAAAACAUAAGUUUCUCGGCUUAGUUUAAUUCCUUUUCUCAUUUCAGCAUGCAACUUUGUUAGCAAUUACGAUUACUAUUCUUUCGUAAUGUUCCAUAGUGUGCGUGUGUUUACACGCAUGACUUUAUGGUCAUGUGUAUACCCUGCACACCUAGAUUGUUCCAGUGAUUGCACACAAAUAAACUCACAUUCACACGCACAUCACGUAUCCAAAAUGCCUAUAUGUAUUUUUUUUAAUUGUUUAAUGUCCUGUGUUACUUACGAGUAGUAUGAUUUGAGUGAAAACAAUUCCUGAGUACUUUGUUUUCAGUUUGAAAAUUCAUGCUUAUAUGAGUAAUGCAUUACUAGGCUUAUUAUAUAUAUAUAUAUAGUCAGUGUAAUUG